AUGAUUGUAUUAAUAUCGAUUUUUCUCAGUUGUUUACUAAAAUACUCCGCUGCUAAUCGAACAAUUACUGUUUCUACUAACUAUGGUGAUGUACUUGGUUAUGAAACAGAUAUGGCUCGUAUUUUCUACGGCAUUCCAUUUGCACAACCACCUGUCGGUGACUUGAGAUGGAAUCGACCAGUACCUGUUUCUAAAUGGGCACCAAACGUAUUGAACGCUACAACUCGGGCUCCUGCUUGUCCUCAACCACCAUGUGGUGGUAUUCCAUCUCUUCUUUGCCCGACAAAAUUUUCGGAAGAUUGUCUUUAUUUGAAUAUUUUUACGCCACGAAUGACAAAUUCAUCAUCGACAUCACCUCUUCCAGUGAUGAUUUUUAUUCCUGGUGGAAAUUUUCAAUAUCUUGAUGCUUCAAUACCAGUCUAUGAAUCCGAACAUAUUGUAAAUAGUACAAACGUUAUCAUCGCUCUUAUUCAAUUUCGUCUUGGUGCACUUGGUUUUCUUGCAACGGGUACAGGACCGAAUGAUAUCACUGGUAAUUAUGGUAUUCUUGAUCAACGAUUAGCUAUCGCAUGGAUCAAAGCAAAUAUUGCUGCUUUUGGUGGAGAUCCCAAUCAGGCAAGUAUUGUUCAAAGUGCUCCUCUGGCAAUUCCUUUCAGAACAUAUGCAGAAUAUAUUGCACCUGCUGUUCUUCUCGCUGAACAACUUAAAUGUGCUGUAGGUGAUAUUAAUUGUUUACGUCGACAAACCUACCAAGAUAUUGCAACCGCUCAAACUAAAGUUGAUACUAUGUUGACUUCAUUCAAAUUUUUACUUUUCUUUGAACCAUGGUUACCUGUUAUUGAUAACAAAAUUGUCAACGGUCAACUCAUGGAUCUUGUUCAAAAUACAUCAUUUCCUUUGAAACCUAUGAUAAUUGGUACAUUAACCGAAGAAGCUGUUUUUUAUAUCUAUGAAGCAUGGGCACAACCAAUUACAAUACCACAAUAUAUGGAAAUUCUUACUUUUACUUUUCAUGAAAAUGCACUUAAAGUAUUUGAACGAUAUCCACCUAGAGAACUCGAUGAUCAACGAGCACUUGUAUCUGUUUUGGCUACACAAUGGGUAUUUGCAUGUCCAACACGGGUUUAUGCUCGUAAAGCUGCUACAUAUUCUUAUGUUUUUGGUUUUCCACUUGAUUUUGAUGGAUGGGAAAAUGAAAC